UCAAAGGAAAUAAAUAGCAGCAAACUGCUAUUAGUGAGACGCUCGUGUGGUAUGAGUCAGUUGUCUGGCAGGUGGAGGCAAUUAAUGAAGCCCCACGUUUUACAUUUCUCUCAAAGAGGGAUUAGACCGUGUGUGUGUGUGUGUGUGUGUGUGUGUGUGUGUGUGUGUGUGCAGCAGGUCACAGAGUCCCACCACCUUUUUAACUCUGCUGCAGUGGAGACAUUCACACCAGAUCAUUAGUUUAAGACGCCUCAGCUUCAACUUGUCUGUUUGCUCUCAUCACUCUUCAGACUUAAUUAAACUACGUGACUGCAGACUGCAGAUGUCCAUCUUUGUGCUCAUUGGUUGUUGAUGCAGAUCUAUUUUGUCUGUGUAGUUCCUCCAUUGUUGCAUUGUGUUUGUCAUUUCAUUUCAGCUUUGGCUGAUUUGAACUUUGAAAAGAGGACAUUAUUCAAGCUGAUGCUCCGGAUGAUUAGACACAGCGUGCUCAGGUUCAUCAACCAACCUAUGAGGUGAUGAUGGAUUAAAGGGCAACUGUUAGAACUGGCUAAGUCCUUAUAAGUGUCAUUCUCUGCUGUCUGCCCUCAUCACAGCCCGAUGGUGACGGCUCAGCCUGAACCUGGUUCCGCUGCUGCAGGAAACUCCCUCUUAUCUGGGCUCCUCCUGACAAUAGCAGCGCUGUUUUCCGUGUCACUGGUGAGCAGGACCUGCCUACAAGCACACUGCAGCCAUGAGCCAGUCAGCCAAGCAGCUGCUCAUCAUCUAUGAAGCCGAGGCAGAGCAGUGGGCCAGUUACCUGCGCUCCGUCUUCACUGGGCCCAUCCCGGCGUCUGGGAUCUGCUGCUAUGACAUCACCGGGGGGUCCGGCCGGGACGAGCCGGUCCUGCGCCCGUUCGCCUGCAAGCUCGUGAUCCUGUCCAAGGGGCUGGUGGAGGCGCUGAGCCAGAGGCUGCGCGCCCUCCUGGCCCGCGUGCUGAGUCCCGCUGCCGGGGUGGUGGUGCUGCUGUGCGGCGUGGACAGCCUGACCCCGCUGCUGGAGCUGGUGCCGCUGGACGCCAACGAAUGCCUGCAGGUUUCCAGCGAGCAAGAUGCCAAUGAGUACCUGUCGGCUGUGACUGACGUCGUGAGGAAAGGUGUGGGUUCACCCUCAGCGGACCUCAACCCCGUGGCGUGCGGCGGGUCCGGAUCGGUGCUGGUGGUUCCGUCCAGGGUUCUCUGUGGGAGCUGCGUGGAGGUGUUCGUCCUCCUGAAGAACCGGGCCGUCGGCGGCGACGCCCAGCUGGAGUUCUCUGGUGGGAACCACACGCUGAGCGUGACGCCGGCCCGCUGGAACGAGCGCACGCUGCGUGUCAGCGCACCAGACUUUGCAGCGGGCCGCGUCACAGUCACCGUGCUCAGCGAUGGCGCUGCUCUGGGAUCAGCGGCGCUGCAGUACUGCAGCAGCACGGAGGAGCUGGGCCACAUCCUGUCCAGGCUGAUGGACCCCGUGCAGCUCAUGUGUGAGGCGCUGCAGGUGUCCUCGGUGGAGAAGCUGGAUCAGAGGCUGGCCUCCAUGCUGCUGGAGGCCAUGCCCGGUGAAGGGGUGCAGGGGCUGCGCUGGCCCGAGCAGCCGCAGACAGAGCUUCAGCGGGAGGAUCUGCCGUCCCUCCUCCACUUCGCGGCCCAGUUCGGCCUGCGGCGCGUGGCGCGUCUUCUCCUGCAGGUUCCCGGUGCCGCGCGGGCGCUGCACGCGGCCGACCGCCGCGGACGCACGCCCGCCGAGGUGGCGCGGGAGCACGGCCACGCGCAGCUGCACGCGCUGCUGAAGGAGACGCCGAAGGUGUCAAACGUCUCUGAGGACAGAAGUGACGCCGGCGUGUACGAAAUAAUGUGCACCGCAGAUGUGCAGAAGGAGCAACGUGGAGAAGAGGAGGAGGAGGAGGAGCAGGAGGAGCUCUACACGCCGCUGGGGGGAGAUGAUGAAUACGACACCAUCGUGAAGGCUGUGGACAUCGCCAACCGCCCACCUGCACCCACGCCUCGACCGGAGAGCACGGCGCUGCAGGACAGAACCCCCUUCAUCGCCCAAGUGUUCCAGAAGAAGACGGCGCCGCAGGCUGGUGCUGAUCUCUACUCACUGCCCACUAAACAAGCGCGAGGCCGAGGCGACGCCGUCUCCUCCACCUACGACGCCGCGGGGCCGAGGGUGAAGGCCGCUUCCGAGGACGAGGCCCAGCGGCGGCUCGGCAGCUGGCCUCGGGCCCAGAGGAGCACGUGCAGCCAGCAGGAGGCGCCGAGUCAGCGGAGAGCGGGCAGCGUCAGCAGCGGCGACGGCGUCUACGAUAAGAUCAACGUCGUUCAUCACUCGCCAAGUGCUGCGGCGGAAAAAAACCGGAGAAGAAACAAGUCGGUGGAGUCUGAUUUCUACAGCACACCGCUCAAAGGACAGCAUGCGAACUUCUUCUGGAAAGCUGACAAACGCUGAAGGCUCCUUUACCCAACACAGAAUCAGCCUUGGACUUCAUUUAAUCAAAUACAAUAAUAGAAUAUCACUUAUCUCUGUUUUGUAAUUAAAAGUACAGACUGAUGAAAUCACCUUCUAUUUGUUCAGCUCCAGUUGUGUCUAAUUAAUCAGUCUACUAACAAUCUUGAGUUGUGUGACAGUGUUUCAUGUCUGGAGUAAAUUGAAACCUCUUCUC